ACCAGAAACAGCAGAGCACAGUGUGACGGAGUGGAGAGCGCAGGAGAAAGCCAGGCUGGAGCUGCUGCCCUGGGAAGUCGGGAGUCUGUCAGAGUCAACGCAGAACUACGCCAUUUCACCACCAGCUUAGGGGAACUGCCAACCGAAGCCACAGAAUGGCGCUUGAUAUCUACGACUCUCAGUACCUUCUCAUCCUGGCCCCCUCCCUGGUCAUCGCCCUCAUGUUCCUUUUCUUCUGGCUCUUCAUGAAGGAAACCUCUUAUGAUGAAGUCCUCGCUCGGCAGAAACGAGACCUCAAGCUGCCAUCGGCCAAGCCAGACUCUCGUAAGAAGAACGAAAAGAAGAAAAGCAAGAGGAAGGAAGUUUCUGGUGGGGGAAGUGGUGGUGGUGGUGGAGGAGAAUCUGAAGAGGACCUGCGGGAUUUUGACAUGUCUGAUGGUCUCAGCCCCAAUGUGGAGGCAGAGGAGGAACCUGAACCAUUGGUUACCCUGGACCCAUCGCCACCUGCACCUUCUGCUGAAAUCUCAGCCUCUUCAGAGGCUCCUUCUGGUUUAAGGGAACGGAAGAAAAAGGAGAAAAAGGCUGCCAAAGCUGCUGCUGCUGCCGCCGCUGCUGCUGCUCUGGCGGCAGCCUCCCACUUAGAGGAGUCAGAAAUAAAUGACUCAAAGCCAGUCAACAACAAGAGAGAACCGUCUCCACUUGCUAGCAAACAAGUGAGCCCAACCUCUUUACAAAUGGAGAUGCAGGUUCAGGUCCAAGCUGUCCAGGCUCCCAUUCAAACUCAGACUCCUCCACAAACCUCUGGGAAGAAAAGAGACAGGAAGAAGCAGAAAGUGGAAUCAGCAGACAUACAGCAGCUUGAGGUGAAAGCCGAACAAGCUCCUGUCCCAAGCAAAAAGGAUGCUCCUGCUGUGGCUGAACCCAAAGUUCUGGAUGGUGUCAACCCAAGUGCUGCAACUGGAAAAAAGAAAAACUCUGCCAAAAAGCAGAAGACAGAGCAUGUUGAAGACACCCAUAUUUUGGCCGAUAUAACAGCUUCCACCAACCACCAAGAGACCCACAAUGAUGAUGUACCGUCUAAAACUUCUGGCAAGAAACAAAAGAAUGAGGCCGAUAAAGGGAAUGCAGAAGUGAAACUGAAGGAGCUGCUGUCUGCCCUGUCCAGCCUGGCUUUGUCAGAAGUUGAAGCUGUCAGUGUGAUUUCUCUCCUCCGAGAAAAGAGCCCCAAUGCCCUGGAUGCCUGGCACAAAUCCACAGCGAGGCCUGACCCAGCUGCCCAAGAACGGGAGAAACUUCUCGUUACCCUGCAGGAGGAAUCCUCCAUCGCCAAAGACAAAGUGAAGCAGCUCAGCCAGGAGCUUCAACACGAGAAGCAGAAAACUGGCAGAGUGGAGGCCAUGAUGCGAGAGCAGCGGGCAGCUAUGGAGAAGGAGCUGGGAGGCAUGCAGGCCAAAGCACAGGGCAGCUACCAGGAGUUGCAGAACAUGCAAAUAAAGUUUCAGCAGAUGAGGGAGCAGAUGGAGAGCCAGAUCACUCGACUGCAGCAGGAGAACGGGAUCCUGAGGGACGCAGUCAGCUCAGCCACCACUCAGAUGGAGAGCAAGAAUUCGGCAGAGCUGAACAAGCUGCGCUCAGAGUAUGCCGGCCUGAUGAAAGAGCUGGGAGAUACCAACAGCAAGCUACAGCAGGAGGAGCACCAAAGGAAGUCACUGGAGGUCAACUACAAGCAGAACGUGUCUCAGCUGGAGGCCCAAUUACAGGAUGCAAAGCGCCGCUGGGAGGAGUUGCAAAACUUCCUCCAUAAUGUCAAUACUGAGAGAGAGAAGCUUCAGUCUUCUAACCAAGAGCUCCACAGCCAAUUUCUAGCCAUUGAGACUGAGAUGAACAACAAAAACAAGGAAAUGCAGACUCUACACAGCAGUCUUACUGAAGUCAUGGUCUCCAAAGAACAGCUGGAGCGGAGAGUGAUGGAGCUCAUGGAGAUGUCCCAGCGCAGUAUGCCGGAUGAAACUCUGCAGGCCCAGGUUCAGGAACUUAUGAAUGAGAAAAAAGCUCUUCAGGUUCAAAACGAGACUCAAAAAGCCCAGAAUGAGAGCCUCCAAGCUCAGAUCUCCUCACAGGCCACCCAUGUGUCCCACAUUGAGGAGCUCCAGAAGCUUCUGGCUGAAAAGGAGCUGCAGAGGAAGAGUUUGGAGGAUGCUCUAAAUGCUGAGAGGAGCAGUGGGGCUGGUAGAGAAACUAACAUGCAGGUUUUGCACAAUGAGAACAUCUCACUGAAGACUGAAAUUCAGAAUCUGCAGGCACAGAUUGCUGAUCAGACGGCUUCCCAGCUGGCCUUGGACCAGAUCCAAAAGAGUGUCCGAGAGAAAGACGACAACAUUAAAACUGUUGAGGGACUGUUGGAGAAGGGGCUGAUUGAAGUGGCCAACAAGGAAGCUGAGUUGAAGAAUGUAAGAGAAGAGAAUGUGGCACUAAGAAAAGAAAACGAGGACCUUAAAAAAAACAAAGCAGAGCAGGUUUCGUCAGAGUCAAAAGUGGAAGAACUCCAACACAAGAUCCAAGAAAGGGAUGAGAAGCUGAAAACGUUGGAGGAGAGCUUACAAGCAGCACAAGUCGGCAGCUCCACCAAAGACGAGAUGGUUAAGACUCUAGAGCAGCAGCUGUCUGCUGUUCGACUGGAGUUGGAGGAGCUGAAACGGCUCCAAUCACAGGCACAGAAAGAGAUGGCCACUUCUGGUACCGAGCUUCAAGACCUCCAGGCUCAGUUGGCGGCAAAGGACCAGGAAAUUCAGGUGCUUCAGGCUGAGCUAGAAGGGAAGACGAAGGACCUGAGUGAGAAGGUGGAGCAAAUACAACAGCAGCAAUCCAGCUCUGCAGCGCCAAGCCCUGAGCUUCUUGCAGCGUUGUCUGAGAAGGAGAAUCGGGUCCGCAGUCUGCAGAGUGAGCUGACAGAGUUGCGGGACUCAUUGGAGCUUCACAGAAAAAAGAACAACGAAGGCCAUGCUGCGCUGGCUGAAACUCAAGCUGAGUGUCGAGAUUUUCUGCACAGACUUCUUCCCCAUGUGCCUCUUCCUUCUGAACAGAACCAUCAGGAGUGGUUACAGAGAUUUGAGAGCGCAGCAGCAGAAAGCUUGGUUGGACAAUCUAGCCAAGCAUCAAGAGUGUCCGAGGAACUGGCUGAGAAACUGAAAGAAGCUGAGGAAAGCCAAAGGAUUCUACAGAAGGAUUGUGAGACGUACAAGAAGGUUUUGGCAGAGACGGAGGGUAUCCUGCAGCGCCUGCAAAGCAGCGUUGAGGAGGAGGAGUCUCGCUGGAAAGUGAAGCUGGAACAAUCGCAGGAGGACGUUAGAGAGUUGAGAAGAGAAAAGCAGCACUUGGAGUCGGAGCUGGAGAAAGCAGAGCGUGAGAGUGCCACCUAUGUGACAGAAGUGAGAGAGCUCAAAGAUCUGUUGACUGAAUUGCGGACCAGACUUGAUGGCUCAUACACAGAGGCUUUCAGACAGAAUGAGGAGCUGGCUGUGUUAAAAACCCAGCUAACUGAGACACUCUCCAAGUUGGAGGCAGAGGAGAAUGAAAGGCAAAGAGUAGCUGGUGACCUGUACAAGGCUCAGCAGUCCCUUGAUCUGAUCCAGGGUGAACUCUCCAAACUAACGGAAAACACUGAUGACCUGAUAGAGAACAGCAGCCUCUCAUCACAGAGGGAGGAGAUUGAGAAAAAGGAGAAAAUGACUGCAGGACUGAAUCAAACAGUGAGAGAAAUGCAGCAGCUGCUUCAGACAGUCAGCCAGCAGCUGGCUAAGGGACAACAGGGGGAGACUGACAAAGAUCAAGAGAAGGUAUAACGAGAGGAUGAAAGAGAAUAAAGUUGACUUCAAUACAGAGAAAACCUGCAAACUUCAGCCUUGUCACUACCGCACUGCAUCAUACCCCUAUUCCCUUCUCUCUCUCAAACCCUGUCAACUUCACCUGUACUGUAGAUGGCCUCUGUCUCACGCAGACUAAUGGGCUUGUAGACCCCUCCCAUACUGUCUACACAGAAGCAGGCAGAGGCUCUGUUUUAUUCCUAACACUCCAGGCACGGUACCAAAACUCCAGUACUUCACUCCAGCCACAUUCCUCCUCUUCUGCAGCUUCACCAAUUGAUUUUUCUCCUUUUUUUUUUUUUUUUUUUAUUAUUCUAAACUUUAAAAAUGGUCCCGGCAUUAUUUAAACUGUGUGGCAACCAUUCCUCUGUUAUAAAUCCACCUGUAUAAUUUCCAGUGAUAUCUUGAAAACUUCAGUAGUGUUUUUGUUGUCUCAACAGGGCAGAGCUAAAAUGUCCAACCUUAACAAAACAAACCGUGGGUUUUUCCUUUCUUUUCCUUUUAACUUAAAGAUAUGUAUUGUUUAAAUGUACCACUUAGGACCUGCUGAAAUACACUGUUCUGUUGAUUUGCUCACUGACCAGAGAAACCAUCGUGAUAGCUCCAUGCAAAUGUUGGCUCAGAACUUCUCGGGAAAUGAAGGGAGUCUGUAGAGCUCUCAGCAUGUGAGAUGGGUCACUACGUGACUCUUAACCAUGGAGAUGAGUUUCUCCAUGUCCCGCCUUUACUGCAGCUCCACAGAGAAGGGAGUCUGCAGUACAAGAUCAGACACACUUAAGAGAUUUUUAAUCCUACUGCAACCACUUUAGAAAUGAGCAUCCCAUAUCGUGUGUAAUCAACACUUACUAUAUUGUGGCUGAGUCCAUUAACACUGAAGAUUUUGUUCUUUUUGUAAUGGGUGAUGUUAAUAAAAGGGAUGCUUAAUAAA